UGCUCGUGGCGACAGCAGGGCGUCGUAAACAACCCUUCUAUUUCGGCUCUCGUUGGCUUGCCAUGUUUCUCGGGAUUUGUUUAAAUCACUUCAAGACAGCUUUUUGAACAUUAGAUCAUUUUCAGGGAAGACCAUUUUAUGGAUAUUCCGAGAUUCCAGUGAAAGUCCAGUUUAGCCUAUGGCAGAGCUGCAUAUCAUUGGCCAGAUCAUUGGAGCCAGCGGAUUUCCUCAAAGCAGUCUCUUUUGCAAGUGGGGAGUCCAUACAGGUGGAGCAUGGAGACUUUUGUCUGGCCUCAGGGAGGGUCAGACCCAAGUAGAUUUCCCCCAGACAGGAGAAAUGGCAUAUUGGAGUCACCCAGUUGACCUCCAUUAUACCACCAAGGGUCUCCAGGGGUGGCCUAAGCUGCACGUGCAGGUGUGGCACCAGGACUCCUUUGGCCGCUGUGAGCUGUACGGUUACGGCUACUGCCACGUGCCCUCCAGCCCGGGGCACCAUCGGCUGCAGUGUGCCACGUGGCGACCCCAGGGUUCCUGGCAGGAGCAGAUGGCUCAGAUGUUUGUUGGUGGCGGCCCUCAACUCCGAUCGCCAGACCUCAUCUACAGCGGCGCUGACCGAUAUCGUCUUCGCACGGUGGCCAUGGGCGUGGUAGAGGUGGAACUGGGCAUCAUUUUGCGUCAUUUCGACAGAUACGGCGUCGAGAGCUGAAGACCUGGACCAAGAGCAUGCCACACCGAGGAGACAUUCCAACACUAUGGAGAGAGGUGGUGGCUGAAGAACACUCAUGAUAUAGAGGAGACAUUCCAACACUUUGGAGAGAGGUGGUGGCUGAAGAACACUCAUGAUAUACCAAUGCCAUUUGCUAUUAUGUAUCAUCAGUAAGCCAAGAGGGUUAUAUCAUAUUGUAAACAGUUCAGUUUGGAGAGUCAUGGUACUUCAGAAGUGCGUGGCUAGUAAGAGCCAGAGGCCCUACAGAGAUAUUGUGCAAGCCACUUAUGCCUUCUCGUUACGACUGAUCAUGUUUUUAUGGAAAGUUAUGGAAACCCAGAGCUUUUAAAUUGUAUAACCUUUGAAAACACAUUUCUACAGCAUUUUGAAAACACAUUUCUACAGCAUUGUUUUAUUGUGUUGAGAUUUUUAAAUGAUCAAUGUUUAUGUAAUAAAAUUGUUCCAGCCUGAACCAGA